GUACUACUUAUUGUCUGUUGUCUAUCUGACAUCAUUGGAGGCAAGGGUGAGCUAGCAUUGCCAUCGCAUAUUGGCUUCAUCCGAUGGAAUAAUUUCUUGAUUCUUCGAGAUCCCGCGUACCUCCCGCCAAGACUGGACCUGGCCCUCCCUGCCGAAUCCGGUGUGUUCGAGGUCAGAUCUCCAGGAGAAGAACAGCAUCGCGACCGCGGUUGCAUCGUCUCUGUCCUGUGUUCACAUCUCAAUCGGCUCCCACUCUCUGAGCAGAGAUCGUUAAAGAUGAUCCCUCAUAGGAGCACGGGGCUGUUGGCUAUCAUUGUCUUUGUCGCGCUUCUUCUUUUCAUCUUCUCAUCCUCUCCUAUCCCUGAGCCGACAGUUGAAGGCGAGGAAGGCGAGCAGCCUUCAAAGUAUCAUGUCCCGCUACCAAAACUCCCGUCGCUGAGCAAUUUCCACCUGCCAUCGUUCCGUCCUCCAUCGCACGAAGCCCCCGCGGAACAAACAAAUAGUACGAGUGGCGAGUCGAAAUGGUUCAGCACAUGGGAAUGGAAGAACCCCUUCUCGUCAGCCAUUACCCUGGAUGAGAACCGCUCCGUCCUUCCUCCGCUGCAGGAACGCCGUCGAAUCUACACCUAUUACAACCCUAAAUAUAAUCCGAAGAAGCACAGUGGCAAGGACUUGAAGGACGACCACGAUGCGGAUGAUCAACUUUUACUCGCCUGGCGACGAGCCUGGUUUGCGAAGGGAUUCCGGCCCGUGAUCCUCACCCCGGGCGACGCGAUGAAGAACCCAUACUAUGAGGUGGUGCAGAAAUUGAAACUCAACGAGGAUUUGGAGAACGAGGUCUUCCGUUGGUUGGCUUGGGGCCACAUGGGAGCUGGAAUACUCGCCGAUUUCGAAUGCUUCCCUAUGGCACGAUAUGACGACAAUCUCCUGACAGCUUUGCGACGCGGAAUGACGCCCGAGUUCAUCACUCGUUUUGAUAACUUCCAAGGUGGGCUCUAUUCCGCAGAGAAGCAGCGCAUCAAUCAGGCCAUUGAAGGCGCGGUCAAGAAGCUGGACGACAAGUCCACCUCAUUCUCGGACCUGAUCGAUCCUGCGUUGUUCAAGGUGGAGCAGCCAACUGCUCUUGCAUACUACAGAUCUUCUAGUAUCACCUCGCACUAUCCAACUGUCCAUGAAAAGAUCAGCCAAAGCCCGGCAGCUGGCCGACUACAGCUAGUGGAACUUAUCAAUGCGCACCUCCAUAACACUUUCCAGAACGCGUUCCCAGCCGGCUUGGCCGUGCUGAAGCCCUUUCCUCAGCAUACUACGGCCCUGGUGGAGCCUGCACUACGUUUGGCCAAGACUCUGAUCCAAUGCCCGGAGUCCCCAAUGCCAAACUCUUGCCCUCCCAACAUUCCUGAAUGCCGUCCCUGCGGCUCCGCCAAGGGGGCCAUGCGGAUCAGUCAGCCAGCAAGCUUCAAGAACACCUCCUUCCUAUUCACAAUCGGUACUCUGCCCCACCCGUACACCCUCGUCAGUCUGCAGAAGAGCUCCGACGAGGUGACUACGCGUCAGAUCCGUCGUGAGACUGAGCGAGACCCGUGGUUGGCCGACGUCACCAAGGAGCACCUCGGAGGGGAACUGGGCGGCUCGUCCCGGGGAGCUGUAUUCAAACAGGUUGUCGCUGGUGAGCAAGCUGUUGCUAACUCUCUAUGGAUGACCGUCGAGUCCCUCCCUGCGGCGGCUGGACAGAGUCUUCCAGCCGAGCUUCUGGAUGAGUUCGAGUGGCAAUUUGGAUUCAAGAUUCCCCGCAGUGGCGCUAUCGACCCGAAUACGGCAGGUGACAAGGAGAGCAUACAGAACAAGAAUCCUAGCCAGCAGGGCGUAGGCAAAGAGUAUGAGUUGAUCAGGAAGGCCCGCGAGGUGAUCAAAAGCGUGGAUACCAACCGGAUCAACAUCAAGAACGUCGCCGAAGCCUGGAACCUGGCGGACACCGAAGUGUGGCGAUUCGUGAAAGCUUAUCGGGCCCGAAGUGUCGUUGAGCGCCAGCAGUGGGAAGAAGAGGAGAAAGCCUUUUCUGGCCCCUCGCCCUAGGCGCGACAACUGAUUUUUUGAUCAUUUACAUGUUUUAUCUUCUUCUGGUAUAUGUCUUCUUGUACUCCAGCAUUUUCGGCGCAUUGUGGGAUUUGGAUAGAAUUUACCGGUCAAUGAGUG